AUGCUAUCACACUUCGAGGCUGACAAAGAAACCAUUGUCCAGGCAGACGCCUCUGAUUACGGUUUAGGCGGAGUGGUCCUUCAGAAGGACGCAGAUGGGAGAGUACAGCCAAUCAUGCAUGCCGCCAGGUCACUGACGAAGGCAGAACGGAAUUAUAGCCAGAUUGAAAAGGAGGCACUGGCCAUUAUCUUCGCCGUACAGAGAUUCCACCUGUUUAUUUAUGGCAGACCCUUCACACUGCACACUGAUCAUCAGCCACUGAAGUUCCUUUUGGGUACUAACCGUGGUGUUCCCCAGAACGUAGCUAGGAGAAUACAACGUUGGAGUACUAUUCUUCAAAGCUAUGACUUUCAGAUCCAAUAUGUGCCUACUCAGAAGUUUGGAGCUCCGGACGCUUUAUCGCGACUGAGAACAAGCAACGAAAAUCAAGAAGACGUGGUUGUCGCCAGUUCGCUAAUGCAAGAUGAUGACGAGUUUAGAGGUGUCAUCCGACAGUUGCCGCUCACAGCCGAGCACAUCAGGGCCACCACUGCAGCAGACCCACUUUUGCGCCAGGUGAAAGAGUUUAUUCGGAACGGUUGGCCCAGCGACGACAAAGUACACCCAUCCAUAAAGCCUUUCAGGAACAGAAAGGAACAGUUGUAUAUCACGGAAGACUGCAUAAUGUACGAUGGUAAAGUGGUGAUCCCAGCCAGAUAUCAGCAACAAGUUUUGCGGAAGCUCCACGCCGGACAUCAGGGUAUGACCCGCAUGAAACAACUGGCCCGCAAGUACGUAUAUUGGCCGGGAAUUGAUAACGACGUGGAAUCUUUUGUUCGAAGCUGCUGCCCGUGUGGACGUGAGGCUAAGAACCCACCGAAAGUACCGCCCGUGCCAUGGCCAGAGGUAACGAGACCUUGGAGUAGAGUCCAUAUGGACUUUGCGGGUCCGUUUUUCAACCAAAUGUUUCUAAUUGUUGUCGAUGCAUGGUCCAAGUGGCUAGAAGUUUUCGAAGUCUCGGCAGCUACUGCUGAUAUCACGGCAAGGAAGACGGAAGAACAAAUAGCUAGAUACGGCAUCCCGACGGAGAUUGUGACGGAUAACGGCCCUCAGUUCACGUCAUCAAUCUUCCAACAACUGUGUCAGAAAUGGGGAAUUCGACAUGUGACGUCACCACCAUUCCAUCCACAAUCAAAUGGCCAGGCAGAACGGUUCGUCGACACGUUCAAGAGAGCGAUGAAAAAGAUGUGGAACACUGGUGUUAAACUGGAGUAUCUCAACACAUUCCUCUUUGCCUAUCGAACAACUCCAAAAAGUGAUCUUGGGGGCCAGACACCAGCCGAACGGUUUUUGGGACGACAGCCGGAUACGCGAUUACAGUACCUACAACCGGAAGCUCGAGUUCCACGAAAAACAAAAUAUUACUUUCGCGAGGGAGAGGAGGUGUUUGCUCGCAACUACAAAGCCGGAGAGAAGCUCUGGAUAGAAGGUAUAAUAAGAAAAUCCAGAGGUGUUGUUCGUCCGGUUGUAGAAAUUGUUUUUCCUAUUAAUUCCUGUGAACGGAAUUUUGUAUAG